CGAGCUCGAGCCGCGCCACGUUUCACCCCCGGCUCUCCUCCGGCCGCCACGUCGCCGGCUCCGGCCAGCACACCGGCGAUCUACUAGUUUCCGUGGUAGAGGCGAUGCCGCCGCGGGGUUGUCGAGGCGGCGGAGGUUGCGGCGGGGAUGGACGCGGAGGGGUUGCUGGCGUCGGCGGCGAUCAACCUGGGCCUGGCGCUGGUGGCGCUCUCGCUCUUCUCCUUGCUCAAGAAGCAGCCCGGCAACGCGCCGGUGUACCUUGCGCGGCGGAUGGCCGCCGGUGGCGGUGGGGGCGGGCUGCCGCUCGGCCACGGGCGGUUGACCCCGUCGUUCCGGUGGAUCCGCGCCGCGCUCCGGCUCUCCGAGGACGACGUGCUGCGGCGCCACGGCCUCGACGCGCUCGUCGUCGUCCGCCUCUUCAAAUUCGGGAUCAAGUGCUUCGCUGUUUGCUCAAUCGUUGGAUUGUUCAUCCUUGCACCAACAAAUUAUUCCUGUGAAGGUCUACAAGACACCAAAAGGUCAAAUUCAAUGGAACUUUUCACGGUAUCCAAUGUGGCAAGGGGUUCUAACAGGCUUUGGGUGCAUUUUGCAUGCCUCUGCUUCAUAUCAUUCUAUGUGGUGUAUUUGCUUCAUAAGGAGCACAAAGAAAUGUCCAGCAGAAGAAUUGCACAUUUGAAGUAUCACAGGAAACGGCCUGACCAAUAUACCAUUUUAGUUCGAGGAAUUCCACUAUGCCCAGAUCAUGGAACUUAUGGGUGUUAUGCUGACCACUUCUUCUCAAAGCACUACCGAACAUACCAAUCGUAUCACAUAGUACACGACAUUGGAAACAUCAAGGCACUUCAGAAGUUGGCAUCCUCCCUUGAGGACAAGAUAAAGAGGAAAAGAGAAACCAGAAGAUGUAACUUUUGGAAGUGGAUCUGGUUUAAGUUGACAUUAGAAGCGAUAGAUACUCGCAAACUGGAAGAAAAACUGAAGAACGUCCAUCACUCUAUCCGCCUCCUACAGUGUGAAAAUAUGCUUAAACGGAAGGAAUUACCGGUUGCUUUUGUCUCAUUCAAAUCACAGCUGGAUGCUGCCCAAGCUGCCGAAAUGCAACAGCAUGUCAAUCCUCUGUCCUUGGUGACAACAUAUGCUCCUGAACCACCUGAUGCACUAUGGACAAAUCUGGCUAUUCCUUUCUGCCGUAUUGCUAUAUACAAACUUGGUGUCUUCAUUGCUGCGUUUCUGCUAAUAGUGUUCUUCACCAUCCCUGUCACAGCUGUGCAAGGGAUAGUACAAUUUGAGAAAAUUAAAAUAUGGUUUCCACCGGCUAGAGCUGUGGAACUUAUACCAGGUUUGAAUUCUGUCGUAACUGGGUAUCUUCCAAGCAUGAUCUUGAAUGGCUUUAUCUACUUGAUUCCCUUCGCGAUGCUUGGCAUGGCAUCAUUUGAGGGAUGCAUUGCAAAAAGUCAGAAGGAAAUCAAGGCCUGCAACAUGGUAUUUUACUUCUUGUUAGGGAAUGUUUUCUUUUUGAGCAUUCUUUCUGGUUCUCUACUCCACCAGAUAGGAGAAUCCUUUACACAUCCAAAAGACAUACCUAGCCGUCUGGCCCGUGCUGUUUCUGCACAGUCAGAUUUCUUCAUCACAUACAUUUUGACCGACGGCAUGUCAGGGUUUUCCUUGGAGGUUCUUCAGUUUGGUUUGCUUACAUGGCAUUUCUUCAAGGCACAUUCAAUUGGACAUAGUGAGCAGCCAUAUCUUUAUGGCUUCCCUUACUACAGAGUUGUGCCCAUCGUUUCCCUUGCAGUAUUGAUUGGGUUGGUCUAUGCUGUUGUUGCGCCUCUUCUACUUCCAAUUCUUGUUAUCUACUUUUUGCUUGGUUACGCAGUGUACAUCAACCAGAUGGAAGAUGUAUAUGAGAUUACAUAUGAUACUUGUGGACAAUAUUGGCCCAAUAUUCAUCGCUACAUCUUCCUUUCGGUCACACUCAUGCAAAUUACAAUGCUGAAGUCGAAACCGGGGGCUUCAUUCGCCACGGUUCCCUUGCUUGUGUCAACCAUUUUGUUCAAUGAGUACUGCAAGGUUCGGUUUCUUCCAACUUUCCUUCAUCGACCGGUUCAGGUUGCCAAGGAGAAUGACGACCUUAAUGAAGCUGAGGGGAUGAGAGGUGACCUGGACCAUGCCAUUAGCGCCUAUAAGCCACCAUGGAUGCGCCCGACGAACUUCUCUCCAGAUUGUAGUUCGGUACAACCUUUGAUCCGUUCUGUAUAGUAGUGUUGGUGACACCGCUAGCUUGGUAUUGGUUUUAGUCCUGUUACAUAAUAAGAACCAGGCAAAUUUUCGUGUGAAGUUUGGCUGUUGGCAGAUAUAAGCUCGCAUAUAACAAUGGCAUAUGCUUUUUAUGUGCUCAAGGAGUCGUUUUACAUGUAAUUACCACGCUUUGGCUCAGUUUACUCGGUGAAAAUUACAAAUUCAAACAA